AUGUGGGAUUGCUACGUAAGGGGUGAUUGCCAGUUGAAACCGGCCGAGAUGGAACGACUUGGAAAUCAUAAGUACAGUGCUGUUGAUGUGUCAUGGCUUGAUGAACUCUGCAUGAAGAGGUUUUGGGAUUAUUUAGUUACAUUCUAUCCAUUGUGGCUGGCACCAAAUCUGAUUACAUUGAUCGGUCUUAUCGUGAAUCUCAUUACGGUUCUUAUCUUAUCAUCAUUCUGUUAUGGAGCUAAUUAUCCGGCGCCGUCAUGGGCAUAUUUUCAAGCAGCAUUAGGCCUCUUUAUCUAUCAGACAUUGGAUGCAACGGAUGGUAAGCAAGCCCGUCGCACUGGUUCUAGUUCUCCACUUGGAGAGCUGUUCGAUCACGGUUGUGAUUCGAUGACACAAGUUUUUGUGACCCUUAACUUAUGCUAUUGCCUGCAAUUGGGUCAACAUCGCUAUUUGGUUUUCGCAGUUUGUGUGCUUUCUGUUGCACUCUUUUAUUGCGCCCAUUGGAGUACGUAUUGUACCGGUCGACUAAAGUUUUCCAAAUACGAUGUGACAGAAGCUCAGAUGACGGUUAUUGCCGUUUUAAUUGUGACCAGUAUUUUUGGCACCGAGCUGUGGUCUUUCAAGGUUUUUGGCGUGAGCUUGACAAUACCUGUGGUUGGAUGCAGUGUUGUGAUGAUUAUUUGGCAGAUGGCUGGUUAUAUGGUGGUUGUUUUUUCUGGUGGUAUAGGCAAGAAUGGGUCUACAGUGGCGGACACUUCAGUGCUGUUUCCUCUGUUUCCGCUUCUAGCAGUUAUCGUACCGUUUUGUAUGAUUUAUAGUAAAUCAACGUCUGGAAUAUACGAUGAGCACAUCACAUUAUUUGCACUUUGCUUUGGUGCAGUUGGUGCGAAGGCAACGAAUAGACUCGUUAUAGCGCAUAUGAGUCGAAGUGAGCUAAGUUUGUGGGAUUGGAUAUACUUAUCACCAAUUCUGAUGAUGCUGAAUCAGUAUUAUGACUUUUACGUCAACGAGUAUUAUCUACUGAUUGCUGCUACGAUAUAUGCAUAUGCGAGUUUGAUUCUGUUUAGUACAAUGAUAUGUCGACAAUUCUGUAUUUACCUCAAUAUCUACUGCUUCACACUGGGACCACGUGAGGUGAAAGAUAACAAUAAUACGAUCAAAGGUUAUGGUUAUCAUCUGCGUUCGAAACGAUCGUGA